AUGACAGAGCCUCGCCACCACCCACUCCAAAAUGGGUAUCCUUCUUCUGGGCAGUCAACACCAUCUACCUAUUCUAAGUAUAAGAAAUUUGUCUUGCCACUAGUAGGUUUAUUAGCCCUGGGGUUAGCUUAUACCAGUCGCUCUGCUGAUUCUGUCCCAAGUUCUGUUUUCGAAGUUCCCGUUUCCCCACAAUGUAAAAAAGCUGAAACAUAUCGUCCGUCGUUCAAUAAGUCUGUCAACUUGAUUCUAAACGAUAAGCAAUUCAAGAUAGACUCGAUAAAGAAGCUGUCUGGCGCUAUUCAGAUUCCUACUGAAAUCAACGACACCAACCCGCUUCCAGACGAUGAUCUAGAGUACUAUGCAGAGUUUUUUAAGCUUCACAAGUAUUUUGAAGAAACUUUCCCCCUUGUUCAUGCUCACCUGAAGGUCGAGAAAGUUAACAAAAUAGGGUUGAUAUAUACAUGGGAGGGCACUGAUCCGAGUUUGAAACCAAUACUCUUCAUGGCACAUCAAGACGUGGUCCCAGUCAAUAGAGAAAUAUGGGAUUCUUGGGAGUAUCCACCAUUUUCGGGUCAUUACGACCCAGAGACCGAUUACGUUUGGGGUCGCGGGUCCAAUGAUUGUAAGAAUCUACUGCUUGCUGAAUUAGAGGGUAUAGAACAACUGCUUGCCGAUGGUUACUCGACCAAAAGAACUGUUAUCUUGUCUCUGGGGUUUGAUGAGGAGUCGAGCGGUUUGAUGGGAGCUAGUACUUUGGCACCGUUCCUCUUGGAGAGAUACGGCCCGGAUAGUAUGUUUUCCAUUAUUGACGAAGGAGCUGGGCUCUUACGGCUCGACAAAAAUCUAUACAUUGCGGCAGCCGUGAAUGCCGAGAAGGGAUAUGUUGAUGCUAAAAUUGCUGUUCAUGGCCAUGGUGGCCAUUCGUCAGUACAGCCGGACCAUACUACAAUUGGCGUUGCAUCAGAACUCAUCUUUUUGAUGGAAAAUCACCCGUUUGAAUUCAAUUUCUCAGUUGACAACCCUGUCUAUAACGUGUUGCAAUGUGCCGCUGAACACUCCAGCUUUUUCCCACCCCAUGUCAGAGACGCAAUUUUAAGGUCGCCUGUUGAUGAAAACCAAAGAAGAGUUUUAACAGAGUUUGCUGGGUCUCACCCUGACAUCCGUGAUUUGAUAAGGACAACUAGGGCCAUCGAUGUUAUUAACGGUGGUGUCAAGGCUAACGCAUUGCCUGGUUUGACUAGUUUUAUUGUUAAUCAUAGGGUGGGUAUUCAUUCAUCCGUUAACGAGACUGUAGAGAAUGAUUUGUAUUGGGCCACAGUUAUUGCCAAAAAGCAUGGCUAUGGCUUGACUUUCCAGGAUGAAGUCAUCAUUCCGGAGACGAAACUAGGUUAUAUUUCUUUAGCGUGCGAAAAAAUGCUAGAACCUGCUCCAAUAUCGCCAACUUCGGGACAUGUCUGGGAUAUUUUUGCGGGUACUGUUCAAAACUUGUUUCAAAACGAAAUUCUGGCCGAACAAAAAGAUGCCGAGGUUUACGUCACGGGUGGCUUGUUUUCUGGAAACACCGAUACCAAGUAUUACUGGGAUUUAAGCAGGAACAUUUAUAGGUUCGUUGCGGGUAUUUUCCCAUUCGAUCAAUUGAGAACAAUCCACUCUGUUAAUGAACAUAUUUCAGCUUCUUCGCACGUGUCAGCCGUUGCAUUCGUAUAUGAAUAUAUUGUUAAUGUCAAUGAAUAUGGUCACGAUUAA